CAUUAUUUUCUCGUUUUCUCUCUCUUCUCGCACCAACCAUAAUUCUUCGUUUUCCCACUUUCUUUUUCUCCUUUGAUUCUUUUCCUUAGAAGAUUGGAUAAUGGGAGACCCAUCUGGUAAAUUUUGAACCUUUUAAAGGUUUUGGUACCUGGGUCGGAGCAAAGAAUGAACUUCAAAAGGAAGGUGGCAGUGUUGUGUUACGUUUGAGAAUGAAUUUUUGCUAUGACAUGGAGGGUUGGGUUUUGGAUUUAGGUUCAUUACCUCCAACCAUUGUCAUUGAAUGUCGAUUCCAACUACGAUCGACAUUUGAUUCAUCCUUUGUUCGAUCCCAACCUUUCUUCAUUCCAAUCAUAAACUAGGCUCCAUCCAAUAAAUAUAAAUAAACAAAAAAAAGAAACAAUUUGUGUUGUUUCAACUACCAGAAUGAAUUCUGGUAUUAUGUUGGCAUUGCCUCCCAUGAGCAAUGUGUUCAAGACAAAGGAGCCUCGUGAUUUUGAGGAAGACUUUGCGGAGAAAGAUCCAACUGGACGAUACAUAAGGUACAAUGAAAUUUUGGGCAGGGGUGCCUUUAAAACAGUUUAUAGGGGUUUUGAUGAAGUUGAUGGAAUAGAAGUUGCUUGGAACCAACUUAAGAUCGAUGGUCUCUUGCAUUCAAUAGAUGAUAUUGCAAAAUUGUAUUUUGAAGUUAAUCUAUUGAAGUCUUUGAAUCAUGAAAAUAUCAUUAAGUUCUAUGAUUCUUGGAUUGAUGAUAAGCAAAACACUGUUAAUAUGAUUACUGAACUCUUCACAUCAGGAAAUUUAAGGCAAUAUCGUAAGAAGCAUACAUAUGUUGAAAUGAAAGCUAUAAAAGAUUGGGCUAGACAGAUUCUUCAAGGCUUAUUAUAUCUUCAUAGUCACAAACCACCUAUUAUUCAUAGAGACUUAAAAUGUGACAACAUCUUUGUGAAUGGAAACCAAGGUGAAGUUAAGAUUGGGGACCUUGGAUUGGCAGUUGUCAUGCAACAACCAACUGCCCGAAGCGUUAUUGGGACUCCUGAGUUUAUGGCUCCAGAACUAUAUGAAGAGUCGUACACUGAACUUGUUGACAUUUAUUCUUUUGGAAUGUGCAUAUUGGAGAUGGUUACUCUCGAGUAUCCCUAUAGUGAAUGCAAAAAUCCAGCUCAAAUCUUUAAAAAAGUUACCUCGGGCAUCAAACCUGCUUCCCUUAAUAAGGUGAAUGAUCCUCAAAUUAAGGAGUUUAUUGAGAAAUGUUUGGUUCCAGCAUCUAAAAGAUUGUCAGCAGAAGAGCUUCUUAAAGAUCCAUUUCUACAUGUUGAAAAUGUUAAGGAUCCCAUCCUUUUCCCUCCACAACCACCUAGCAGAACACUAAGAGCUAUGUAUUCAUUCAAGUCUAGUUCUCAAUCUAUGGACAUGGAUGCUGACUACAAACAAUUUUCUUUGAGUAUUUGUUCUGAAAGAAACCAAGGAAGCUCACAUUGUCCUGUUUUUGAAGUGCAAAGGGCAAAUAAAAAUAAUGAAUUUAAGUUGAAAGGGACUAAAAAUGAUGAUAACUCAGUAUCAUUGACAUUGCGUAUUGCUGACACAUCUGCAGGUCGAGUAAGGAAUAUACAUUUUCUCUUUUACCUUGAUACAGAUACUGCUGUCUCUGUGGCCACAGAGAUGGUUGAACAUUUGGAGUUGGCAGAUCAUGAUGUACCUGUUAUAGCUGAGCUUAUUGAUUACUUGAUAAUGAAACUUCUUCCUUGGUGGAAACCCUCACCUGAUCAUUACUCAUAUGGAGAAUUAAGUCUUUAUGGUCCAAAUAUAGAUAGUCAAACCUUUAUGGCAUGCCCAUGGGGUUCUGUCCUAACUGGUAUUCCAUCUGAAUCUGUUAUUGACCAAGAUGAUUUCUCUGGGAUUGACAUAAUUCCCAAAGAUGAUUUUGUGGUAGCUAAAAUGAGUAGUUUUUCAAAAAAUGUUGAUAAUGCAACUUUUGAUGGUGAUUAUAAUUCUUCUAAUUUAGUUAACUUGGAAGACCGAUAUUCACAAGGAUCUAGAGCUUAUGAGAUGGAUGCUGGAAAUACUAAUGUGAAAAAUGAUAACUAUCAUGAUUCUAAUGUUGAUGUAAGUUUUAAAUGCUUAAGUAGGUCUAUCUCUAAACUUGAGGAUAAAGAUGCAUAUUUUGAGGACUAUAAAUUGCAAGCAGAAGAUUAUUCAAUUGGGGAAGAAAUAGUGGUAAAUGAAUUUCCAACAAACAUGGGGGGAGUUCUUGGAGCAUCUACUAAUGUUGAGAGUCCAACAAUUAGUUGUUCUUAUUUAUCUUCAACAGAUGAAGACAUUGAUCUUGAGUUAAAAUUUGAACUUCAUGUAAUCGAGUCGCAUUAUCAACAUUGGAUUGAUGAACUUAAUAAAAUAAAGCUAGAGGCAUUGGAAGCCACAAAAAGGAGAUGGAUGGCCAAGAAGAAAUUGGUUGUUCUUUGAUUUUGAGCAUGCUAGUUAACCUCUUUUUUACCCUUGUCGAAUUUGCUUCAUUGUAAAGUUUGUGAUCUUAAUUGUAAUUUCUAUAUUGGAUGUGGCUCUUUUUAGUGGAAGUGAGUGUUCUUACUCUCAUCCUUUUUUUUAUUCAUUGGAGAUAUUUUUCAAUCUCUCAUUGACAUAAUUAAUGUAGGAGAAUGUGUCUUAAGAAAAUUUAUAAUUCUAAAAGACACGUUUUAAUAGAGAUUUUUUAUUA